AAAUUCUUUAGAGAUUAGGACUGAUUUCUAGAGAAAAAAAGUGGCAAAAAAUGUCCAAGCCCGCCGGCCUGCAGUCCCUAUUAGCUCUGAUAUUUUUCAACCGGCUUUCUCUAGUCAUAUUCUACUCAUUUUGGUUCCUAAUCGGGCUUCUAGUCCUCAGAAAGUCGCAGAAUGCUCUGGAAGCCGUCCGAUACGUGAAGGCUCACAGCGCCUCGGUAUCCCUCGACUCCCUGGAAGGCUCCACGGAGUUCCGGCAACUUCUGGAAGAGGAUUUCCCGCGGCCACCGGCGUUUUUCCUGCUCAACCAGUACGCGCUUAAUAUGACCGACAACUUUUUGUGCAAUACUGCCACGUUGGCGGGGGCGCAUGAGCGCUUCGUUUUUGUGACGUUGGAUGAGGUGGCGAGGAAGAGGAUUCGCAGCAGGUGGCCGAGGAUUCGCGUUUUUCAUUGGCCAACGCCGUCGCUUUAUAAACCCUUCUCAUUCGCUGAAGGUGCAUAUCAAACCAUAUACCUGCUCAGAUCCAAUUUAGCACUGGCACUUAUCAAAAAAGGAAAAUCCUUCUGGAUGAUGCAGCAGGAUACCUUCUGGAGAAAGAACAUAUUCGACCUAAACUACGAGGAUAAUAUGUCAUAUGACGCUAUUUUUGAUCAACUCGGAAAUGGAGACAACUCGUUGAGAAAGGAAUGGGUGAACGGAGCCAACUGGUUCAUUCGGGCUAACAAUGAGACGCAGUUCUUUUUCGAAAAGUUGUCAGAGAAGUUGGCUCAUUGGUAUACUCCUGAUGUUGGAGUUAUGAUUCAUCAGUGUAAUACUUGGGACAAGCCAACGUGUGCAUUUAUUCCGUAUAAUGUGACCUAUUCCUGGGAAUGGAUGUUCAGUGAUCAGUCGAACCCUCCGUAUCUUCUCCAGCUAGACUGCGAGACGAACGGAGGUACCAAACUAAUGCAGCUAGGAAGAUAUGGCUUCCAUUUUGUAAAUCCAGAUGGGACGUGCAAUAAUGAAAAGAUCUCCUCCGCCAAAUCUCGUAUGGAAAAUGGUACUGUAGAAGUUCAAAUCUCGAAAAACCUCCCAUCCUGGGGACGUUUACAAUUCAAGCUGUACUGGUACAUCACAGAAUACCUCCUAUGGAUCCCGGUACUCGGGGAGUAUCUGAGACCCUACUUGGCGCUGGCCGGCUUCAUUUUAAUGAUCACAAUUUGAAUUUUUUUAAUAAAAAGAUUACGGGUAAAAA